CAUGACUCGGACGCGUUUACCCGUCCGCGCGCAAUCGGUUGUAUUCGUUUUCAACAGUGCCGGCCACGUCAAGAAGUCUAUCGUGACCAAUCAUGAAUUUUUCGAAAAUCGUACGCUACACCAAAAUGGUCAUUUACCGACACCGACGGAUGCUGGUUUUCGGUAGUAUUGCGGUCGUGUUGGCUCUGAUGCUGACAGCCAAACACGAGAAUAACGUGCGGUUCAUCAGCGGCAAUAUGGAAAAUGCCAAGCCGCACGACGUCUGGGAAUACGUGUCGGACUUCUCUAACGUUAUGAAGCUCAAUCCGACCAUAAUGAAAUUCAUAAUAACGCGCGAAUCGACAGAUCACAAACAAUGGAACUAUACGGUCGUGUACGAAGAGCACUUAUCUCAGAUUCCGUUCGUGAUCAACAAGAUUAUCGGUGAUUUCAUUGUAGACAAAUCACAUACGCAACCCGUAAUCAAAUCAACACACCGGACUUGUUUUGCCAAGAUUUAUUGUUUGGACACUAAAUCGGAAAUGAUAUUCGUAGACCUAUUGAACGGCACCAGAAUCGUGGAGAAGAUCAAGUACGAAUGUCCGUGGUUCUUGACCAGGUUCUGCAUGAAUGAAGUCCUCUACCAGCGGAAAGAGAUAUUCAGAGAACUUCAGAGCGUGUUUACGUAAACAAGACAUUAGUGUUAUUAUUAUUAAAAUGUAUAUUACUAUUGAUGUUAAUUCGUUUAGUUUAUUUUUAUUUAAAAAAAAAAAAACAUGUAUUUAUUUAUUUAUACUCCAUAUUAACUAUAAGAAAACAGUGCACACUUUGUUAUCUUACUAUAGUUUAAUUAAUAGUUUCCGAAAGAUAAAGAUUUUCCUCCAUCAUUCUCAAACCAGAACAAAAGAACAAAAUUUAAAUUGUUAAUUCUUAUUUUUGACUUUUU